AUGGCUUCCACUACUUUGUUCACACCUCGCGUGUGUUCUUCAAUCUUUCGCUUUCAGUCCCGGGACUCAGAACCCAGUCUCAAAAUGAGUGACAACCAUGGCAUCCAGAUUGUGGCCACCAGGUCCAAGCGAACACAUCGGCAAAUGGCUGAAGGAUCUGGCAGCAGUAGCGAUGCUCCUUGGCUCGUACCUCCAUACUCGCGCUCCGGAAGCUCCUCCGUGCAUUUACCACCUCCACGAAAUCGACCAACUCCGCGAUAUGGAGACGAUCAUCGGCGCCCUGUGAUGCUCUCCCCGGGGAUAGAGAACGAUGUGAUAGAUUUAACGGCAGAACCAGAAUCCCCACGAAGACCGCAACCGAGCUCACGCCUUCCUCUCCGGGACAUAAUGAAUCGCGACUCUUCUGGACCAAAUGUCAUUGACUUGGAAGCGGAGGGGAACACUGCAGCAGGCUCGCCAAACGGCCCAGAUGUAGAGAUUAUCGGUUCCUCCGCUGUGAGACCGAUGCCAAUGGAACCCACCUAUUUUGACUCCAAUGGGUUCUCCAUGUAUCAUCCCCCUCCGGCAAGGCCCGCUCCAUUCCCAAGUCUCUCAGGGCCGUGGGUAGGUGAUAAUUUUCUUCUUUCGAGAUCCAGAGGCCGAGAAUCUACUCAUCGUCAAGGUAUCCCAUCGUCAGGCACCCCGGGCUCAUGGUAUGGGGAUGAUUUGCUCUCGUUCAUGAACUCCAUGCCUGCGAUGCUUCCAUACAAUGUCCCGGCCUUUGAAUACAAUACCCCUACUCAACCGGCACCGCGUUCUCAGCGUGAUUCUUACAAAGCGCCACCUCCGGCAUCAAAGGGAUUUUCGCGGCGCCUAGAAGAGCAGGAUGUACCAGUCUGUCCCAACUGCGAUGAAGAGCUAGGCACUGGAUCCGGCCGCAAACCAGAAAUAUAUGUCGCAAAAGCCUGUGGGCAUGCAUAUUGCGGCGAGUGCGCCGAGAAUCGAUCGAUCUCAAAGUCUAAGAAAUCAGCAUCAAAGACAAAGCCAUUUUCAAGAUGUCAAGUUGCAGACUGCAAUAAACCAGUGAGCAAUCAGACGGCCAUGACUCACUUGUUCCUUUGA